AUGCAUACUCAGCAGCAGAAACAGCAGCUCAGCUCAGCAUCACACAAUGAACACAACAUUAUCAGACAAAGGAGAAUACAGAGAGUUACAGCAGUGAGGCUUCACAGUGGGAUAGCCAGAGCUAGUACUCGGAGGACUAUGAGACAAAGAUCAGAUGUGUUAAGUAGCUGAAACCAGACCCUAUUGGAAGGAUGGCCAUGUCAGAAUAAACAAAACAGGUCUAGUGGGAUGCAUAGAGUCCAUUCUCUUCCAUGACAAGGUGAAGUGCAAAUGCCAUCACUGGGUAUACUGGAAGAGGAGGAAUUUGAGAGAUCCAUAACCUUGCUUACAAGGUAUCCUGCCAUUGUAUCAGACCUUCUGGUAAAAACAACUUGACCCAGAGAACACAGAUACCAGGUCAGGAUUGGUAGAAGAAAUCACUCAGGACUGGACAUGGCAGGAAACUUGGUCACUUCUGAAAGUAAUACUGAGGGAUUUCAUCAGAUCAUUUCAUAAACUGAACAUCCAGGUGUACAAAAUUACAUUAGCAUCUUGUGUAUACCUCCUCGUAGGAUAUCAGAACCUGGACUGGUCUAA